CAAUGCCAGAAGGUGGGGCUCCAGGAACCGCGAGAGACAGUAGUCUUUCAGCGUCUUACCGCUCAGCUCGGCUCAGGUCCGGCACCAGCUUCUGACGUCCAGCUCCUCGACAUCGUCACCGAUAACCAGUGACAAUGAUCCCAGUACUAGCGAAGCUGAGCGCGCUGUACAAGUGGUACGUGCUUGCGAUUCUGACUCUAGGCUACCUCACUGCCGAACUGGGCCAUUUCCUCAUCGGGGUAACUAGCAAGGCAACGGCCAUUGAUAUCUCGUACGGAGACAUCACCUGCCAGCUCAACAAGACCGAACCUCACUUCAAUCUCACCCUCAAUGACCUAUGCACAUCUGCGCAAAAUGAAACGAGUUGUGCAGCAUUGGCGCUAGACGAUGGAGAGAGAUUCUGUGAAUGGAACAGGAAUGGAUUGGGUAUAGACUACCAGAUUCUUGCCGGUCCUAGCUUCAUCGCCGUUUACACUGUCGUCGGCGUGUUCCUGGGCAUCGCAGCCGAUAAGUAUCGCAGGAUCCCGAUGGUGGGCCUGUGUGUGUUGGUGUGCGGAGUCUCCAUCAUCCUGAUGGGAGGCACUCAGCAGUUCUGGCACCUUGUAGUUCUGAGAAUGCUUUUUGCUGCUGGAGAGGCCGGGCUCAACCCCAUGUCCACAGGGGUAUUGUCGGACAUCUUUUCCGAGGAGUUGAGAGGACUGGUAAUGUCGAUCUUCAACUGGGGAAUCUACGGUGGCAUCGGGUUGUCCUUCCCCGUCGGACGGUACAUCACCGAACUCAACGCGUGGCUGCUGGGAUGGCGAGUGGCUUACUAUGGAAGCGGCAUCAUCGCACUUAUCAUCGGGUUCCUAACGUUCACCACUCUGAAGGAGCCCCAGCGAAUAGUGAUCGGAGAGGAGCACGAGGAGGGUACGGGCACAGGACAGGAGGCUGCCAAGACCAAGGACAGUGCCUGGAAAGUGAUGCUGCAGCCUCGGUUUGUCAUGCUGUGUAUAGCCGCUUCCAUCCGACACACAGGGGGGCUUUGUUUUGCUUACAACUGUGACCUGUUUUACCGAGACACGUUUCCCCACAUUGACUUGGGCGGCUGGUUGUUCUUCGUCACAUUUAUCAUCGGAGGAGUUGGAGUGGUGUUCGGGGGUAUCGUCUCUGACAAGAUUGUUGCCAAGAUGGGCAUCAAAUCCAGAGUGGCAGUGCUCGCUAUCAGUCAGCUUAUUUCUACACCAUUCGCUUUUGGCAGCAUAUAUAUGGGUCCAGUUGGAGCGAUGAUCACUCUAGCCAUUUCAUACCUCUUUGCUGAGAUGUGGUUUGGCAUCUUGUUCGCCAUACUUGUGGAGAUCGUGCCGCUGUCCGUGAGAUCUACCACAGUCGGUGUCUUCUUGUUUGUCAUGAACAACGUUGGGGGAAACUUGCCCAUAUUGCUGGAGCCUGUCAGGAAAGCCACAUCCUUCCAGGAUGCCCUCGCUAUAUUCUAUGCUGGAGCGUACCUCGUUAGUUCAGUUCUGUUCGGUAUAACCAUGUUGUUGAUGGGAAAGACCAAACCUACUCCGCCCAAAACCAACGGCCACCCGAUGGAAGGAAUCGAAAACGGCGGGUUCACGACCAUAGAGAGAUUAGCAAACCCGACAGCUCACAACAUAGAGAGUCACCAUUUAUAAACCUCAUCUUGCCUGUAAACAAUUGUGAUAUGCUAAUGUUAUUAAUUUUAUUGUAAAUACGAGUAUAAUUAGUAUUUAGUUCUAUCAAAUUGUAGUAAGCUUGUGUGUACGAUUUUGUUUAUAAUAAGUGCGCAGUAUGUAAGAGUGAAAAUAUGAUAAGGCAAAGGCUCUACAGAUAGUUAGAUUGAUGCAUGUAUUAUAAGUGGUCAGUUAGUUAAUGAAUAGCUACUUAUUUAUUUAAUCCGUUGGUUACUCAAAUGCACGUAAUAAUGUGUGGAGUGAUUUAUAACUAUGUAUUUAAUGAUUAAUGUUAUGGAAACAAGCGCAUAGCCUGUAUUUUCUCUAAAACGUGUUUUCAUUUUUAAGAAGUACAAUAAGCAAUGUGUAUGCAGUUCAAAAAUGUCUUUAAUUUUUCAUUCAAUUUUUUCAUACAAUUUAUUAAAUUAUGUGGUUUCUCCAAAAUCAUAAACUUUAUUCUGUACAAUUUACAUAAUACAAUAUAUUGUUGAACAGCUAUUUAAUAAGCUAUAUACAGACGCUAAGGACUCAAGGUCGGAGAGUUCUUGCAACGUGAACCCCGACAAAUGUUCCCGUAUGUUUUUGAUUUGGUGAUAGACGCUAAUGAUUCUAAAAAUAUGAUACAGGGAAGAAAUUAUAUAAUGCUCAAUAUAAAUAAAUAUAAUAAAGAUGGUAUGAUGCUGUUUUGGGAUUCAAACACGAUGUGUUGAAGGUGAAUAUGCAAGUACGGAUAUUCUAACAAAUUAUUUAUAUAUUUGUUAUACUACACUAAAGUUGAUUUCUCACACUGGAAGGACGUACAGUGUACCAGAUUUUAUAAAUUCUCCUAUUUAAUAUUAUUACUAACUUGAAUUGCUAGUUAAAAACGUCUAUUUGCAAUCCUGAAGAACGGUCAGUCUUUACCGGGUAUAAAUUGAAUCCAGAAAAUUGAGAUUCCUCACUGUGUAUGGGUUUUACACUAACAGAAAAGAAAUUGUCAUUCGCUUACUCUGUAAUUAAACGUUCACCCUCAAUUCUAAUAAUCUCUGACAUAGUCCCGUGGACCAACCAACUUGUUUAUAUAGGUGUGAAGGAAUGCUUCUAGAAUGCAUUACAGAAACUGAUAUCUUCAGUAAUGUCUAUUGUUGGCAUCACUGGCUGAAUUCUUGAUCAACUAAGACCGCGCGUUGCACAGCGGAUCUGCUUUCGCAUGCAACAUAUACUUGGGGCCGUUCGUUACUAAAUCAGUUGAAGCACAUUACCUCAUUUAUAUAAAAAAGUUAGAUGUCAUUUUAUACGAGGUGGAUAAGACUGUGUUUCGCCCCUCCAUUUGUUAAAUUUAGCUAUUUAUUAAAUACCAAAUAAAUAUGUAGCAGCGGGACUUGAAUUUGUCUAAUUUAAAGAUGACCCUUUAGUUAAAUAUUCCUUUAAUCUAUUUUUUCUUUCACGUGAUAAGUACGUAAAGGAAUACAGUAUGAGAAAUUUUGAAAUUUAUAUGUGUGAUAUUUCUCUUUCACACUAUAAUUGGAAUGUAUUGUAACAUUUGACAUUUGAGUACUUAGCCUAAUUACAAAUUUUAUUCAUUGACCGUUUAUACUGUCUUAAAUGGCUAUAAACAUAUAAGACCACUCGGAGAGAACAUACUGUUGAUUUAAGUUUCACUCAUUACUUUGUUUUGAGCACUCACUAGUUUUUAGUUAUCUUGCAAAACUUGUUGGGUUUUUUUUAAUUGAUUGAAGCGCAUUUGUUUAUGUAUAUGUGAUCUGUGAAUGUUGUAAAUGGUUAAAAUAAUAAAACAACUGUAUAAUUAAUACUUACUGCUUA